CGGCGUGCGCGGAUCGGAUCGGAGCAGAACAGAACUCAGCUGAACUGAACAGAUCGGACAGAACAGAGAUCGGGAUCGGGCGAUCAUUAUUUGCUUUACAGUUGUUCUAGUGGGUAAAAACAGAGUGCAGAGUUAAGCCCCAGCGAAACCCCAGUGAUCCAAAACUCUUCUCGUCUCCGCGUGCUCCAAGUGCAAAAUAAUUACAAAUCGACAUCCAUCGAACUUAAAAAAAAAAACAAGAGUGCGCGAUCUAUAGAUCGAAGAUUUAAAGGAUCCGCCGUUGUCCUUUAACCCGUAACCGUGGCGAAAGAACUGGCCAAUUUGUUAACCCAACAGAAUAACAAUCCCACGAUGACUCAACAACCACAAUGGGGCAUAAGCUUCUCCAAGUAUUUCAUACUCCCGCAGCGAGUGAUACUGUCCAUAAUGGGCUUCCUGGCCAUCCUGAAUGCCUACACGAUGCGCGUCUGCCUCUCGCAGGCCAUCACGGUGAUGGUCAUCAAGAAGAACUCCACGGACGACGAAGAGGACCAUGCCAUCUGUGAGCCCGACGACCUGGACAGCGGCACGAGCGAAGGAGGCGAAUUCGACUGGUCCGAGGAGUUGCAGGGCCUGAUUCUGUCUUCCUUCUACAUUGGUUACAUCGUCACGCAUAUUCCCGGCGGCAUCCUGGCCGAGAAGUUCGGCGGCAAAUGGACCCUGGCCAUCGGCAUCCUCUCCACCGCUGUGUUCACCAUGCUGACACCCCUGGCCAUCGACCUGGGAGGCUCCGACUGGCUGAUCGUGACUCGUGUCCUUAUGGGCCUGGGUGAAGGUACCACCUUCCCCGCCCUCAGUGUCCUUCUGGCCGCCUGGGUGCCGGCCAACGAGCGCGGUAAACUGGGCGCUUUGGUGCUGGGUGGUGGUCAGGUGGGCACCAUCAUGGGUAACCUGCUGUCCGGCGUGCUGAUUGAUGCCUACAGCUGGCACUUUGUGUUCUACUUCUUCGGAGGCCUUGGAGUCGUCUGGUUCGUGAUCUUCGCCUUCCUGUGCUACAGUGAGCCCACGACCCAUCCCUUCAUCAAGCCAAGCGAGCGCGAGUAUCUCAUCAAGGAGAUCGGACCCAUUAGCCGCAACAAGGACUUGCCCCCCACCCCCUGGAAGGCCAUCCUCACAAACCUGCCCAUGAUCGCGCUGGUCUGCGCCCAGAUUGGCCACGAUUGGGGCUUCUACAUCAUGGUUACGGAUCUGCCCAAGUACAUGUCCGAUGUCCUGCAGUUCUCGAUCAAGGCCAACGGCCUGUACUCUUCCCUGCCGUACGUGAUGAUGUGGAUCGUGUCCGUGGGCAGUGGCUUCGUGGCUGACUGGAUGAUCCGUCGCAACAUCAUGAACACGACCAACACCCGCAAGGUGAUGACGGGUAUUGCUGCCUUCGGUCCGGCCAUUUUCAUGGUGGGCGCCUCCUAUGCCGGCUGCGACCGCGUCCUUGUCGUCGUUCUCUUCACCAUCUGCAUGGGUCUCAUGGGUGCCUUCUAUGCCGGCAUGAAACUGAGUCCUCUGGACAUGAGUCCCAACUACGCGGGCACUCUGAUGGCCAUCACCAACGGUAUUGGUGCAAUUACGGGAGUGAUAACGCCGUAUCUGGUGGGAGUGAUGACACCAGAUGCCUCACUGCUGCAGUGGCGCACCGUGUUCUGGGUGGCCUUUGGCGUGCUCUUCGUCACCGCCGUCAUCUACUCAAUCUGGGCUUCCGGCGAGGUCCAGCCCUUCAACAACGCCCCCAUCCAGCCGCGCACCGUGGACUUUGAGGCGCAGGAGCGCAAGCCUCACGGCGAGAAAGACAGGUCUGCUCUGGAGCAGAGCUCUUAAGGGGGAUCGCCAACGAAAGUGCCAUAACAACUGUACCCUAGUUAAAAUGCCGUCGUAGUCCGGAAGACCGUAUAUAUGGUAUACGCCAUGGCUGCUGUUCAGAUUGCUAGUUUUAUAGUAUUCCCGAUCUGGUCGAUCAAUCGGGCGUCUGGCAGAGACGCCAACUAACUAAUAUAAGCGAAUUUACUUACACUCCCCGAGCGUGCGCCGUGUCCUUCAGUGUGUAUUCAUGUUAAUAGCUACUAGCUAGGAUAACGAAUCCCUUCUAAGCCCCUCUUCCCCAAUAUCCCCCAUCGCCAAGCACGCAAGGUACUCUCUUAAUUAUUAUUUAGUAUUUAAAUGAAGCGAUUUCACGUUUAAGAUUUAGUCUACAUGGAGCUCGUAUUGCCGCAUCGUAAGUCCCAUGAUGAGAUAAUUUGUACAUUUUAGAUUGUUGAUCAAUGUGUAAAGUGAAAUGUUUUUUUAACUGUCCCGUUAAGACAUUACUGUUUUUAUGACGUUAGUCAAAUAAAGUGUAUAAAGCAAGUUAACAAAUAUAUAAA